AUGUAUAUGGACUUAGAGGAGCGACGGCUUCCUUGCCAUAUUGUGUGUUCGUCCCACGUACUUGUGACAUUCUUUCCAAUUGUAACAUUUGUACUGCUUCCUACAGCUGUUGUGGUGCUUGUAGAGAUUGGAGAUGCUUAUCUUUUGCUCUUUCUUGGACAAUUAAUGCUGGCUGUGGCUGUCAUUGAAUGGAGUUGGCUGGCUUUUCGUAUUCGACAGCGAUUACUACUUGCUAUAACCAUACACGAUGACGACAUAUUGGCAACAAAACAGGAGAUAGGAGAAUUGGAACCGCAGAUACAGGAACAAGAGAUACAGGAGCGAGAGGAUCAACCAGUUCUUACAAGAGAAGACCCCAGGGAGCGCUAUGCGCGUCAAUUAUACGAAUCCAUGCGAGCUAAAAGCUUUGCUAUUGAUCCAAUGGUGAGUAAAAUGUGCUGCGGCCGUUGGUACAUUGCUGCGCUUCUACUGGCCUUAUUGGGUGCUGUCGUAAGCGUCGUCUUGGCUUACGCAUUAAAUGGCAACAAUCCCGCCUCUGGAUGGCACAUGACGAUCGGCGCGUCCGUGGAGGCGGCGUUCGUGUCUAUUUUCUGUAGCUCCCUUGCCCCCUCUGCAACCGACGCAGUUGUGGUCAUCAUUUAUCAGAUCUGCGUUCUGGUGGCCAGUAUGAACGCAUUUGUGAAGCUGCAGCUACAUUUCAUCGCUUCUGAUGCACAGAUUGAACCACUGUUUAUCAUUUUGGUUGGUGCUAUCAUUAUUAUCGUCUUCCGUGUUGUGACGAGCAAGGUCGUUAUGCAGAGCUUGCUGCUCGUUCUGUGCGACAUGCUUGGCCUUGUAUGUAUCGUGUCACCGCUCAUCGCUUUUGCAGACCUGAUGGACGAGACAAUGAGCCAGUCGCUUCGAAAUCAGCUCGCGUUGUUUGUGCUUGUAGUUCUGGCUGCAGAUGUGGGUGAUACUCUCGCUAAAGAAUUGCAGCUGCACUGGCCUCUGGCUUUUAAAUGGUGCCGUCCUCCGCUUCUCAAGUCUGGAGCUAUUACUAAGCAUAUUGAAGCCUCAAUAAUCUCGAUGACCUGUGGUGCAGUGAUGUUUGCCGCUGUUCGUUUGGGCUCAGAUGGCUCGGAUUUCAGCUUUGUGGAAGUGGUUGUGCUGUUUGGCGCCAUUGCGAUUGGACAGUGGUGUCGCCAGUGGAUGACACACGUUCGGCAAAUGGCCAAGGUAUCAACUUCGGCGUUCUAUUUUCCCGUGGAUAGCCGAUCUUAUGGCGUGCUUGAUCGAAUGGCUGUCUUUCUUGCGGCUAUCGUCGUCUAUUACCCGUACAUUAAGCAAUGCUUUUGA